AUGAUUCAGAUACGUGUGUUAUUUGGAGCUCAAUAUGUUCUUGAUCUCGUCAACGACAGUUACGCUGCACUUUCAGAAAAUGCAACGGAUGCGCAGAGAAAUGCUCAGCAUGAAAUGAGGAAGAAGGACCAGAAGGCGUUGUUCUACAUCCAUCAGUGUGUUGAUGUGGACAUGUUUGAGAAAAUCGUUGAUUCGACGACAGCGAAAGCCGCGUGGGACACACUGGUGCGGUGCUACGGCGGUGAUGCAUCAGUGAAGAAAGUGAGGCUUCAGUCUCUAUGCAAACAGUAUGAGAAUAUCAGUAUGAAGACUAAUGAGAAGAUGCAAAGUAGUCUAGAGGCGCAAGAGUUGCAUUUGACUGAGAGAACCUCUGAGAGAGAGGUAGAGCAGGCUCUGAAAGCUUCUUUUGUCAAGAAAGACCAGAAGCAGUCUUGGUCAGAAGCCAAGAAAAGACAUGACUAUUGGUCAAACAAGAAGAGGAAAUCAGAAGAAGCGAAUAUAACCAGAAGUUAUGAUGAUGAACAUGUAAUAUUAAUGGCUUCUGAUUUUGAUAGCGCGUCUCUAGAAGAUUAG